UUUCUCACCUUUGGCAUGAAUUCGGUCCCGACCAUUGUCUUUGUCGCCAAGUUCCAACAAACACACACAGCAUCACAAUUUCUGUUUUGUAUACUCUCCGCGGGAUUUAAAGGAACGGUUACGAGCAAUAAGAAUCAGUUUUCCGGUUCACCUGAAGAGUUGCAGUGACAGAAGAGAAAUGGGCGGGACUCUGACGGCGCACGAUCGCCGCGUUCUAAUGGCGGUGAAUGCCGGAGCAUCGAGCCUCUCGUUCGUGGGGUCGGGUUUCAUAGUGCUCUGCUACGUCCUCUUCAAGGAGCUCCGCAAGUUCUCCUUCAAGCUCGUUUUCUAUCUCGCCCUCUCCGACAUGCUUUGCAGUUUUUCCAGCAUGGUUGGAGAUCCAUCCAAAGGAUUUUUUUGUUAUGCUCAGGGCUAUAGCACACAUUUCUUCUGUGUGGCUUCUUUCCUAUGGACUACAACAAUAGCUUUUACUCUUCACCGUACUGUUGUUAGACACAAAACAGAUGUUGAAGAUUUGGAGGCCAUGUUUCACUUGUAUGUUUGGGGAACUUCACUAGUUAUGACUGUCAUACGCUCUUUUGGUAAUAACCAUGGACACUUAGGCGCAUGGUGUUGGACACAAACAGGGCGCACAGGAAAGGCUAUUCACUUUAUAACAUUUUAUAUACCACUCUGGGGUGCAAUUCUUUACAAUGGUUUUACGUACUUUCAAGUGAUACGCAUGCUAAACAAUGCAACCCGUAUGGCGGUAGGCAUGUCAGACCGAGCAUACCAGUCAGAUGCAAGAGCAGACAUGAAGGCUGUAAACAGGUGGGGAUACUAUCCACUCAUUCUAAUAGGAGCAUGGGCUUUCGGUACAAUCAACCGCAUUCAUGAUUUUAUUGAGCCUGGCCAUAACAUCUUUUGGCUCUCGGUUCUUGAUAUUGGGACAGCUUCACUUAUGGGAUUGUUCAACUCAAUAGCUUAUGGCCUGAACUCCUCAGUGCGACGAGCAAUUUAUGAGCGCUUGGAACUGUUCUGGCCAGAGAAGCUUCAAAGAUGGUUCCCCAACAAUACAAAGUACAGAAAUCUACAGCAAGAGAGUGAGCUAGUCUCAUUGAAAAUUCAAGAUCAGCAAUAGCUAAUGGUACAUUUCCUAUACCUUCGUCAGAACGAGCUUCAAUUUUUUUCUUUAAAUUUGGAAGAGAGAGAGAGAGAGAGAGAGAGAGAGAGGGGUUAAAUGAAGAGACAAAAAGGAGCACAGCUCCCAGCAUCCAUGCCAAGUCUAUUGGAUCACUUGCAGCAACGCUAAUGAGAUACAUGCCCCUUUGUGGGGAUGAUUUGAAAAACUUCUGAUGGAUAUUAUUGAUAGAUGAGCCAAGUCAAGUAGAAUUUCUAGUAGGAGUUUGUUUGAGUUCUUAGCAUGUAGUUGUACUUGUAUAAUAUGGUCACCCCAGUGUUUCACAUACUGUUGUUCUCUUUGUUGUAGGAAGUUAUAUAUGUAAAUGAUUUUUUGUUCA